GUCCCACCAACUCUCCAGGAAAGGCGACCCCAGUGCUCUCCACUUUGCAUCUGGGCAGUUGGAGUAAACUUAACAGGGUCGACAAGGAGAGCCUCUGCAGUGAUUUGGAGAGAUGUAAAUAUCCCUUGGAGGCAUUCCUUCUGAUGGUUUAAUGUGUUCAGGUCUGUCCCAGCAUUCCAGUCCCACUAAUUCAGGAGGCGGAGAACGAAGCACGAAGAUUUCCCAUCAAGUUGUGGAUUAAAUGUCGAAUUUUUAAAGCUACCAUGAUUUUGUCCUCUCUCAGUUUUGUGCUGCUUCUCGGCUAUGCUCAUCUGCGGACUGCAAAACCCCAGUCUGAAAUAAGAAUGGUUGAGGAGCAGGAUGUUGUUCUACCAUGUCACCAUCGCUUUGGUCACUUAGUAUCAAAGAAUCUGGAUAUUGAAUGGCUUUUGCAAGAUUCUGAACCCAAUCAGAAAGUGGUGAUUACCUACUCUUCUGGUAGAGUUUACACAAAUAUAAGUGCAAGGCAGGGAGGAAGAGUUUCCUUUGCAGCAAAUUACCAGAUGGGGGAUGCUUCCAUUAAAAUAUCAUCCCUACAUUCGACAGACUCGGGGCUAUACACGUGCAAAGUGAAAAAUGAAGGCGUGUAUGACUGGAAGAAUGCUAUUAAUCUUGUUGUUUUAAUCAAACCCUCCAAGCCUAAGUGUUGGAUCCAAGGGAAACUACUGAAAGGGAAUGAUAUCAAACUUCAGUGUAAAUCUGACAAAGGCACUCAACCCAUCUUGUAUGAGUGGAAACCUGUUUCAGAUACAGAAGAACAUCAAGCCAAAUUACACCCGAGUUUACACAUAGAUUCAAAAACUCCUGAAAUGCUUUUGCUGAAGAAUUUGAGCCAGAUGAAUGCUGGUCUAUACAAGUGCAGUGCCAUAAAUGAAGCAGGAGAAGAAAACUGCAUUGUUAAUGUUGUAAUUAUGAAUGAGCUCGAUCCUUGGAUCAUUGCUGCUGCUGUUAUUGGAGUCAUAGUUGGGCUAUUAUUAAUCUUCCUAAUCAUCUGGUUAACACUGUACCUGAAAGAAAAGCAUAAAUAUGAGGAAGAAGAAACUCCAAAUGAGAUCAGGGAAGAUGCUGAGGCGCCAAAGGCAAAGCUCAUUAAUUCACCAUCUUCAGUGGGGACAGGAAGCACGGGAUCUGGUUCCUGUUCAGUCAAUUCUGUCAAAAAUGCAACGCUUUACCCUAAGCAGCCUCAAACAUCAUCAACUGAGGAGAACAAGACACCUAUUUCUUACUCACCGAUAGAGGAGGCCACUAUUGAUAGGAAUGGGCCAACUCAGGCACAUAUGAAAAGAAUGGGAGGAGUUCCUGUCAUGAUACCUGCCCAGACAAGGGCUUUUCAGACUGUAUGAGCAUUAUUUGGGGGGAACUAUUCUCCAACUAAUGUACUGGGAAGUUUCAUCAACUUUGGAAACAGUUGAACUUAAAGCUGGAAAGUCUGACCUGCAACCUGCCCAUGUCUGAAAUUUGACAUCAGUGAAUUUUGUUGACUAAACAGGAUUGUUUUACCUAGGCACCUUCUCACAUACUGAUUGCAUUAGGGAAAAAGUCCAGAAAAAAAUAGAUUUCUAUUGAACAGAUGAAUCUACUUUGCACAAUAGAAGUUCUGAGGCUGGCUUCGCUGAUUCUUACACAUAGCUAGACACACAUAGACACACAUAUAUAAAAACACGCAAUUCUAAUUGAAUUCUGUCUGAAUUUGCUGAACUUGUGGAAUGUUGAGAAACAAAUGAUAUUUUAAUGUUGCCCAGAGCUGGGGAAAUAAAUGACUUAUUCCAGAAUGUUCUGAAAGAAAACUGGGAUAAGUUCAAGAUUCUCGGCUUGCCGCUGGUUUUGGUUUUGUAAAAUGUACACAAGGACUUUCCAGUGGACAUCCCAACCUACUGGCUAUAACAGGGUUCCUCUAUGAUUGUAGGCUAUGCACAUGUUAUACUCUCAGAGAAGGACUCUGAUGGAGGAUAAUCUUAGAACUGGGAAUCCACAAUAAGUAGUGCAUUUUCAUUUAUUUGAAAAUAUACAGGCACCACAACACUGAUUUCAUUAGAUACAGCUCAGUAAAAAUGAUACUGGAGGAUAUUGCUACUGGCAAAAUAAUUCAGAGGUUAUAUAUCUUUAA